GGUGUGCGCCGGGGCCGCCGCUGCUGGGUUGCUUCCCGGUCCUGUGCGCGUCCGGGCGCCUCUCGACCCCGCGCCUGGUCUUCCCUGCAGGAAUAUGAAGCGCUAGAGUCCCGCAGGCCCUGGAAACCGUUCGCUGCCAGCAUGUUCGGCCGUUCUCGCAGCUGGGUGGGCGGUGGACAUGGGAAGGCCGCCCGCAGCAUCCACUCCUUGGACCACCUCAAGUACAUGUAUCACAUUUUGACUAAAAAUACAACUGUAACAGAUCACAACCGCAACCUGCUGGUAGAGACUAUUCGUUCUAUAACAGAGAUCCUUAUAUGGGGGGAUCAGAAUGACAGCUCAGUAUUUGACUUUUUCUUGGAGAAGAAUAUGUUUGUUUUCUUCUUGAACAUCUUGCGUCAGAAGUCUGGGCGUUACGUGUGUGUACAGCUUCUGCAAACUUUGAACAUCCUUUUUGAGAACAUCAGUCAUGAGACAUCACUGUACUACCUGCUCUCUAAUAACUAUGUAAAUUCUAUAAUUGUCCACAAAUUUGACUUUUCUGAUGAGGAGAUCAUGGCAUAUUAUAUAUCAUUUUUGAAAACUCUUUCCCUGAAGCUCAACAAUCAUACUGUACAUUUCUUUUAUAAUGAGCACACUAAUGACUUCGCUUUGUACACCGAAGCUAUUAAAUUUUUUAACCACCCAGAAAGCAUGGUCAGGAUUGCUGUUAGGACUAUAACUUUAAAUGUCUACAAAGUGGACAACCAACCUAUGCUGCAUUACAUUAGAGAUAAAACUGCUGUCCCUUAUUUCUCCAACCUCGUUUGGUUUAUUGGAAGCCACGUGAUAGAACUGGAUAACUGCGUGCAGACUGAUGAAGAGCACAGAAAUAGAGGCAAACUGAGUGAUCUGGUAGCAGAACAUCUUGAUCAUUUACAUUAUCUUAAUGAUAUCCUUAUCAUUAAUUGUGAAUUUUUAAAUGAUGUGCUGACAGACCACCUACUUAAUAGGCUCUUCCUUCCCCUCUACGUGUAUUCGUUAGUAAAUCAAGAUAAGGGUGGAGAGCGUCCCAAAAUAAGUCUCCAAGUUUCUCUUUAUCUUCUUUCUCAAGUUUUUCUAAUUAUACAUUAUGCCCCUUUGGUGAACUCCUUGGCUGAGGUUAUACUUAAUGGUGACCUCUCGGUGUUUUCUUCUAAAGUUGAGCAAGAUAUCCAGAGAAACUCAGUGAAGUCAAGUAUCAGAUGUUUCAUAAAACCCACAGAAACACUUGAAAGGUCUCUUGAAAUUAAUAAACAGAAGGGGAAGAAGAGAAUGCAGAAGAGACCCAACUACAAAAAUGUUGGUGAAGAAGAUGAAGAGGAGAGAGGAUCUGAAGAUAACCAAGAUGAUCUAGAUAAAACUAAAGGCACAGAGGCAAGUUCAAAGGGUAUCAGAACAAGCAGUGAAAAUGAAGAAAUAGAGAUGGUAAUCAUGGAGAGAUGUAAACUAUCAGAACUGUCUAUUUCUGCUGUGACAGAACAGAAUACAACAGAUGAAGAAAAGAGUGCAGCUGCCUCUGGGAGUGAGAUAACAAACUGGAACAGACCUUUUCUUGAUAUGGUCUAUAAUGCACUAGACUGUGCUGAAGAUGAUUAUUAUGCACUCUUUGUGCUCUGUCUCCUAUAUGCAAUGUCACACAACAAAGGGAUUGACCCAGUCAAGCUGGAAAGAAUUCAACUUCCAGCUCAAAAUGCUGAAGAGAGAAAUUCAUAUAAUCAUGUACUUGCAGAAGGGCUCAUCAGGAUAAUGAAUUAUGCUGCACAACCAGAUGGAAAAAUCCGUUUGGCAACUUUAGAACUUGGCUGCCUAUUGCUGAAGCAGCUUGUGUUUUCUAAAAACAGGAGCAUCAUAAAAGAUGUUCACCUUGCUUGCCUUGAGGGUGCAAGGGAAGAAAGCGUUCACCUCCUUCGUUGCUUCUAUAAGGGAGAAGAGAUUUUUCUGGAUAUGUUUGAAGAUGAGUACCGGAGUAUGACAAUUAAACCUAUGAAUGUAGAGUACUUGAUGAUGGAUGCCUCAAUCUUGUUGCCUCCAACGGGGACACCACUGACUGGUAUUGAUUUUGUGAAAAGAUUGCCUUGUGGAGAUGUGGAAAGAACACGAAGAGCAAUCAGAGUCUUCUUCAUGCUCCGUUCACUAUCACUGCACUUGAGAGAUGAGCCAGAAACUCAGUUACCACUCACAAGGGAGGAAGAUCUGAUAAAGACAGAUGAUGUUCUUGACUUGAAUAACAGUGACCUUAUUGCUUGUACGGUCAUAACAAAGGAUGGAGGCCAAGUUCAAAGAUUCCUUGCUGUGGAUAUUUACCAGAUGAGUUUGGUUGAGCCAGAUAUUGCCAGACUUGGAUGGGGAGUAGUUAAAUUUGCAGGCCUUUUGCAGGAUAUGCAGGUGACAGGAGUAGAGGAUGACAGUAGAGCUCUGAAUAUAAUAAUCCACAAGCCUGCCUCAAGUCCUCAUUCUAAGCCCUUCCCAAUCCUUCAAGCCACAUUCAUUUUUUCUGAUCACAUUCGCUGCAUUAUUGCAAAACAGCGUCUUGCGAAAGGCCGUAUCCAGGCUCGGCGUAUGAAGAUGCAGAGAAUAGCAGCUCUCCUGGAUCUUCCUGUCCAGCCUUCAACUGAAGUUAUGGGUUUUGGACACAGCUCUACAGCUACGGCCCAACACCUUCCAUUUAGAUUUUACGAUCAGUCACGUCGUGGUAGCAGUGAUCCUACGGUACAACGCUCCGUUUUUGCUUCUGUUGACAAAGUUCCAGGCUUUGCUGUAGCCCAGUGUAUAAAUCAGCACAAUCCAUCACCGCUCUCAUCACCAUCACCUUCCAGUGGCAGUGGAAGUACAGGGCGCUGUGAUUCAGUGACAGCAAGCUCAACAUCCACUCCUGCUGCACUGAGCCCAUCAGGUCUGGCAGGAAAGGACGUCGGCGGGUGUUUAGUCUGUCGGAGGCUGACAGUCACGGUGGACACUGGGUUUAGGUCUUCAAGCAGCAGCUGCAACAGAAACUCACGCAAUAUCAAUUCAGAUGACACUUCAGCUCCAGAGCAGCCUCAGAUGACCAUUUCUGGUCAGAUGAUGACUGAUGAAACUCUUUCAGCUGUUGCAAAGUCUAACAAGAACACUGUAAAAACCAGUGACAUAGAAACAACAAACCUGUCUCCCAGCCUGAUUCCUGCACAGCAGCCUACAAUAUCAUUAAUAACAGAUGACAAUACGGAUGCACUAAGUGUAGAGUCGCUUACCCUGGUGCCACCAGUCGAUCCACACAGUAUUCGGACAUUCACCUGCAUUCCUCAGUCCUCUUUGCAGUCUGAAGGUGAAGUUUGCAAGGUGAAAGAGGUAGAAGAAGAAAAUUCUGAGUAAAGCCAACCUGUGGACUGUAUUAAACAGUGAAGCAAUUGCAACCAAAUUCUUCAUUGUUUUUCCUUUGGGAAUGCAGAUACUUCUUGAAGCCUGGAAGACCAACUGGUCCACAAGAAGAGACCCACUAAUGAAAGGAAGUGUGAGCAGCUUUUAGAGUAAAAUCAGAUGCUCACUGUAUUUAAACUGGAAUUAAAACAAAAAAGGGCAACUUUUUAGUCUAGACUGGUUGUUUUCCACCCAUUUCUGUUAUAGAAGAACAUGGAAGUAUUCAGAGCACCUAGUUUCUUUCUAUUACACAGAGUUCCAGCUGCAGGAACUGUGAUAAUUGUAUUAACAGUGUUAUGGCAAACUGAAGAAAAUUUUGGAUACCUGGAUAUUGUAUCAUUAACUUCUCUGAAACUGGAGGCAUACCAUUGACAGGAAAAAGAAAUACUUUGUAGUACAGAGAUUACGUUUCCAUUUGAGACAUGAUGUGUUUUUCUGUUUGUGUUUUGCUUGGGUUUGUUUCUGGUUUGGGGGGUUUUUUUGUUUGUUUUUAUUCUGAUCUCAUUCAUUUUUUGGAGGUCUGCAUGAUACCAGCAGGCUUGGCCACUUUUGGGGUUGUCUUUGUAGGACUCCAGAAUUCAUUAUUGUGUUUUCCAUGUGCAAUAUUUAUUUCAAGGUUGGAUUCAAAGCAAGAUAUAUAUUGAACUAUUUUUUAAAAGGUAAAAGUCUGUAAGUUAAUGAUAAAUGCCUAUUCAAGUUAACAUAAGGGAUUUUUGAGGCUACUUUAGUCUUUGCUUAACCAGCUACAGAGGAAUGUGAAAUAUUUUUAAGAGAUUGCUAUUGCUUGUUUGUUCGCUUCUGACAGUCAAACUGCUACACCUCUGAGGAGUGAUGAUACCCUUUCUACUGAAGGACAACUUCUAGAAGCAGACAGAAGAGGCUUUUUAAAUUUUUUGUCUUCAUGUAGGAAGAAGGGUCACUACAUCUAACUGGUAAUUCCUUUGCAAGUCUGAAACUCAAAAGGAAAGGUAUUGUGUAGGGGUUUUAUCCUAUCUGGGCUAGUAUCACAGUUAAACAACAUUGCUAUACAAAAGUGAUUCUUUAUGCUUUUCUUACUUUGCUUCCUAAAUUCCAGUACCAAGUUGACAGAAGGUAGUGGAAAAGUGUUGAUUAAAGUUUGGAAUGUUCUUUGCUGAUUUGAUACAUAAUUUAACAUGAAUGGUAUUAAGAUUGCUCAUCAAUUUCCAUUUAUGUUGAUUUAAAUUAAUGUUAAAAUGAGUAGAUUGUUGCUAUUCAUCUGCUGAUCACAUUGAGUGCUUUCUGGCUCCCAAAGACUGAAGUUUACUGUUUACUUUACUUGUUAUUGUGAUUUCGGUCAUCAGUGCGAUGUCUUCAUCCCGUCUAUACUAACAUGGAUUUCAAAUCAAGUAGAUGAGUCUGAAAAAUUUUAACCUACUUCCCAGGCUCUAAUUGCACCUUUUCCUAGCUGUCAGAUGGAGUAGUUGAAGUGCUUUUAAAUGUUAUAUUUGUAUAUGAGAUUGAGUAAUCCACAAGUAGAAUUUUGCUCACUUUUUCCAUCUUUUCCUUCACGUAAUGAUCUUGUGAAGUCCUGUAUACACCAUGUCUGCUACUCAACGUCAGCAAUUUCUUUUUCUUUUUUUCUUGUAUGCAGUUUUGUUGAUGUCUGGUCUUCCUGUGACUUCUGCUUUGUCUCAAAUUGAAUUAACCAAUAUUCUGACCAUUCCAGAAUGGCCCAAACUCUAAAUGAGUUCGGAGAGCUAGGUGUCCUUGGCAGUGCUGUGAAUACCCUGUGUUGGUUGAAGCUUGGGGGUUUUGUAUA